UCAAAGUACAUAUAUGGUCAUAGUAACUAUAACAAGAUCAAUAAAAUAUCAACCAGAGUGCAGAAGACAACAAACUGCAAAUGUAAAUAUAUAAAAAGCAAUAAAUAACAAGAACAUGAGAUAAUGAGAUAAAGUCCUUAAAGUGACAUUGUUGGUUGUGGGAACAUUUCAAUAAUGAGGGAGGUGUGUAUGGUUAUCCCCUUUUAUUCAAGAGCCUGAUGGUUGAGGGGUAGAAACUGUUCUUGAAUCUGGUGCUGCAAGUCCUGAGGCUCUUGUACCUUCUACCAGAUGGCUGCACCAAGAAGAGAGCGUGGCCAUGAUGGUGGGGGUCUCUGAUGAUGGAUGCAGCUCUACUACAACAACAUUUCAUGUAGAUGUGCUCAAUGGUUGGAGAGCUUUACCCAUGAUGUACUAGGCAGAAUCCACUAUUCAAAGGUUUCCUCUUUCCACAGAGAAGCUGCCUGACUGGCUGAGCAAAUACUCAGCCAAUCGUGGACAAGGCACACCAGCAGGCAAUACUUGAUUAGAAGUUUGAGGAGAUUUGAAGACACCUGCGUAUUUCCAUAUACAAUGGAGAGCAGUCUGACUGGUUGUAUCUCUGCCUCAAAUGGGGCAGGAUUAAAAGAAGCUACAGAGAGUUGUAAAUUCAGCCGGCUCCAACAUGGGCACAACCCUUCCCACUACUGAGGGCAUCUUCAAAAGGUGGCACCUCGAGAAGGUGGCAUCCUUCAUUAAGGACCCUCACCAUCUGGGUCUCAUUAUCACCAGAGAGGUGCUACAGUUCCUUCAGCUCAGGUGGACUGGGUGGAUGAGAUCUAGUGAGAUCCAACGGCCAGGAAGGUGGAACUGACAGUUCCUACCACUUCACCAUCACAUUUCCAAACACCACCUUGCUGUUCUUCUUUUGGAAUAUUUAUUUACUGUAACUUAUAGUAAUGGUUAUACCUUGCACUGACUGUUGCCGGAAAACAACAAAUUUCACAACGUAUGUCAGUGAUAAUAAACCUGAUGCUGGAGAUUGUGGUAGUUGACAAACGUCUCUGACAAUGACAGGAAACCUGGCAGGAGAGAUUUUAAAAUGGAAAAGCCAUUGCACCGGGGCACUUCCACUCUCUCGACCUCAGAAGCCUGAGUCCUGUGGUACGAGCAAGUGUCACAAACCUGGGCCUUCCUAGGUUGCACUGGAUGACCAUGACAUCUUCUAUGCCCUUGUCAUGCCCUUUGCUCUCCAUGCAGCGUUGUCGCAGUUCCACCUUCCUGGCCGUUGGAUCUCACUCAUCCAUCCAGUCCACCUGAGCUGACUUUGCACACUAGGACAAGCAUGUCUCUAGCUCACUGGGGUGUGAGGCUGUCAGCUACCCUCACCUGGUUAACCUGGCUGAUGGCCACUGUCGCAUGGAAUCAGCUACUUGGGAGCCACAGGGGAGAGUCGGGUCACUGGUGGGGACCAAGAGUGAGUGAGCUGCCCCAAAAUAAACCCAGAAAGCCCCUUCACCAGAGGUGCUACCCCUCACUGGACAGUCACCAUUCCCACCUCACUUAAUCAUCUUUCAUCCCUCCUUGCCCAACCCUGUAAUGUACACUUUCCACAUCCAGUUUGUAGCAGAACCUCCUCUCAUAACUGCAGCACAUCUUACACCCUCCUCCCAUCCUCAUCCUGCACUCCUGGAGAAUCCCCACUAGUUCUCAGAUCCCACUCCUCCUAUGGCCACACCCAACUGCAUUCCAUCCCCUAGAACUCCUCCACUGCCAUACUUCAUUAUAUACUCUCCUUUGCCCACCAUCCCUCCCCUUAAGAACUCUCCUUCAAUGCCCACACUGAGACACAUUCUCUAGUGCCUUGUCAGACAUCCCCUCCUACUCACAUGCCCAGAUAGACAAACCGCUGCCAAUAACCAUUUCCUGUGCCCACAGUCAGGCACAGUCCUUCCAUACCCACCUCCUACGCCUAGACUUCCUUCUCCUUUACCAAGUAGACACCCCCUUCCCGUGGUCACAGGCAUCCGCUUCCUGUGCCCUCCCUCACGAUCUGUCAUUCCCUCCUGCCAUACACACGCCUUUAUUCACCUUACUUCUCCAGCACCACCCCAACGUCCCACUUUAAAUCGUACGAACUGUUUCCUGUAUCGCCAGGUCACCGACCCGCCAUCAGCCGAGCUAUGCACUUGCGCCGUGCCGACCAAUUGUUCUCUUCCCGUGACCUCUCGCAUCCUUCCGCAGCUGUCUGGGCUGAAGGUGAUGAUGAUGAUGAACCAGAAGUAGAUGUCUUGGAGGCAGAAGAAACAAAUGCUGACAGUAAAUCUACAAUUCAGGUAUCCUACAAGACACCUGUGCCAAUUGAUGAAGUAUACUUUGCUGACACAUUUGAUCGAGGAAAUUUGGAUGGAUGGGUUUUCUCCACAACAAAGAAAGAUGAUACAGAUGAAGAUAUUGCAAAAUAUGAUGGAAAAUGGGCAGUAGAGGAAUUGAUGGAAAACAAAUUGCCUGGAGACAAAAGUUUAGUGUUGAAGUCCAAAGCAAAGCAUCAUGCAAUUUCAGCUCCACUGAAGAAACCUUUUAUGUUCAAUGGUGAACCUUUAGUUGUCCAAUAUGAAGUGAACUUCCAAAAUGGCAUCGAAUGUGGUGGUGCUUAUCUAAAGUUGCUUUCUCAUACUGAGAACCUGAAGCUGGAAGAAUUCUUUGAUAAAACACCAUAUACAAUAAUGUUUGGACCAGACAAAUGUGGCGAAGACUACAAAUUACACUUUAUUUUCAGACACAAGAACCCUAUAACUGGAGAGUAUGAAGAAAAGCAUGCUAAACGUCCUGAUGUAGAUCUAAAGAAGUUCUACACAGACAAGAUCACGCACUUGUAUACUUUAGUGCUGAAUCCAGACAACACCUUUGAGAUUUUGAUUGACCAAACUGUUGUUAGCAAGGGAAAUUUGCUGGAGGACAUGACUCCACCUAUUAAUCCCCCUAAAGAAAUAGAUGACCCUGAUGAUAGGAAGCCUGAGGACUGGGAUGAAACCCCAAAGAUUCCUGACCCUGAUGCACAGAAGCCUGAAGACUGGGAUGAAGAUGCACCAGCAAAGAUACUUGAUCCAAAUGCUGUUAAACCAGAGGGAUGGCUUCACGAUGAAGCAGAGUACAUUGCUGAUCCCAAUGCAGAAAAACCAGAGGACUGGGAUGAAGAAAUGGAUGGCGAGUGGGAAGCUCCCCAGAUUCCUAAUCCAAAGUGUGAAGAGGCACCUGGAUGUGGAGUUUGGGAACCACCCAUGAUCAGCAAUCCUAACUACAAAGGGAAAUGGAAACCACCUAUGAUUGACAAUCCCAACUACCAGGGAUUGUGGACUCCAAGGAAGAUAAAAAAUCCUAAUUAUUUUGAGGACUUGCAACCUUACAAGAUGACUCCAAUUAUCGCUAUUGGUCUCGAACUAUGGUCCAUGACUUCUGACAUUUUAUUUGACAACUUUAUCAUAUGUGCUGAGAGGAAAGUUUCUGACCAGUGGGCAGCUGAUGGCUGGGGUCUAAAGAAGAUGAUGGCAACAGCAAAUGAGCCUGGUGUUUUGGGUCAGUUGACAACUGCAGCAGAAGAGCGUCCGUGGCUUUGGAUUAUUUACUUUCUUACAGCUGUUUUGCCUUUGGGGCUAAUUGUGCUGUUCUGCUGGCCAAGCAAGAAACUAGACUCUGCAGCUGAAUACAAGAAGACUGAUGCUGUACAGCCUGAUGUUACAGAACAAGAACAAGAGGAUGAUGAACAGGAAGAAGAGAUGGAUGAGAAAAAAGAGAGUAAUGGUCUAACAGAAGUUGAAGAUGAGAAAGCAAGUGGAGAUGAUGAAAAUAUUGGAGAAGGGAGCCAAGAGGAUGAGGAAGAUGAAGAGGACAUAAAAUCAAAAUCUGCCUCUGAGGAUGAAAUGAAAGAAGCAGAUGAAGCUACUGGCUCAGGUGACUGUACCACAAAACUGAGCCGUAAGAAAAAACUGAGAAAAGAAUAAGUGCUUUAAUACUCUCGGAAUGGAGGCAUUCUCAUUUUCCAGGUGGGCAUUACCACCCACUGUACUUCCUAAAAGCAUGCAGAUUUACUUGGCGUGAUGGCUGGGUUAUAAAUCAGCCUAUUAGAAGUACCUGUCCAAUCCUAGCCUCCAUACUAUUAUCUUCCCUGCUUCAUUUACAAGCCUCUUAGUCUUCCUGGAAGAAACAAAAAUACUAUGAAGAUGUUAUUGAUUUUUAAUUUUAAGAGUAUCAGAAUAUGGCCUCACCGAAUGACUAGUUAUGAGAGCAUAUUCAGGAAUUGCAAAGAAAGAUGUAGCAAGUAUUUGGUAACUUUUGUGAAAGAAGUGUUUAACCAGGGUAAAAUUGCAAAUAUUAUAAAAUGAAAAGGCAGUUAUAGUUAAAUGGUACCAUUUGUAAUAAAAGGGGAGAAGCAUUGACAUUUUAUGACAGGUAUUUGAUGUUAUUCAUUUCAUGUUUUCACUUUGUUAAGGGGAGAAUAAACUAGUAUGAACAUACAGUCAUUCCAAUGUACAUACUGUAUAUGAAUUUGAUUGAUGCAGCUCUCGGCACAACUUUUAGUGCCAGUGUUUUCUUCCCUCUGUGGGUCUCCUGUUGGAUUGUAUUGUUGUAGCAAAACAAAAGAUGCACUGAAUUUCUUUGUACAUAUGAAUUGUUCAGGAACACAGAAGGGUGCCGUGCUUUAUUUCUCAACGCACCCACCCCUUUCACCAUUGCCCUGACAUACACACUUCUAAGUGGUACAAAUAGCUGUGUUACAUUUUGUCUUUACCACUAACUUAAAACAUCUCAUGAUCUGCACUUGUAUUAUCAAUUUAGCUGUGAGAAAUUCUUUUCCUAGUUUUUGUUUUGGUGUGUGCAUGUGUAUUUUGGUAAAUAAUUUGUAUUACAAUGCAGUGACAUUCCUAAACCAUCUUCUGAGUUUGUUUUCUGAAUACAGAGAUGAAUGAUUUAACAAACCAAAUGGCUGCAGUUCAGGAGAUGAAUGGCGUGGCGUGUACUAAAUUUUCUGGAGUUUUAUAGUUUUAAUGUUACUCUGGUUUAGCAUAAUCCUUGUUUACACUGAUGUUUGCAAAUGUAUAAUUGCUCUUUGAAAUAAAUAUUUAAUAUAA